UUAAAGCAAAGCUGGCGUGAAUGAUAUUCACCACAGUUAAGGUUUAGUUAUGAUAAAAUGUGUGAUUUAUGGCUCAGUGACUAGUUCAGUGAUGUAGCCUACACCCAUAAAUGUCCAUGCAAUCUGCAUUUAUCCGGCGUGAAUACAGUUAAGACUAAAGCUAUUCUGUUUAAAAGGACGGUGGAUUUUCUCACAGUCGCCAUCAGAAGCGCUCUGAUGCAGGUCUGAAGAUGGCGGAGGACCAUGCUCAUUGUAUGUCCUGUGUUAAUCAGAGAUGCAUGGUCAGACCUGAGCCCGGCAUUUCAUGUGAUCUUAUCACCUGUCCUUUGGUGUGUGGGGCUGUAUUUCACUCCUGCAAAAUUGAUGAGCACCACCUUUUGUGCCCACUGAUGAGGGUCCCCUGCCUCAAUAGUGGCUACGGCUGCCCCUUCAACCUGGUGCGCAACCAGAUGUAUGCACACCUUGAAGUGUGCCCAGCUGGAGUGGUGUGCUGCACUAUGGAGUGGAACAGAUGGCCUGUUAGCUGCCUAGACUACACCUCCUAUGAGAGCCUGAGCCGUGGGAUGGAGGAGGUGGAGCAGCUGGAUAUGGCACUUGCUCUUCAGGACCAGCGGACACUACUUGAGUCUCUCAAGGUGAUUGCAAUGGCACCUACUGCAGAAGGAGAGCCACUUGUCCCUGUCAGUAAGGAGAACAGGGUAACACACUCAGCUGUGCUUACAUCUGCCCCCGAGGCCUCCACCGUUAUUGAGUCACCUUUGCAGUCGUCAUCCUCAGAUCAGCCACAACCUCCCCCAACAGGCUCGGUAAAUGAGAGAAUCGUCUGUGGAAUUAACGGCUUGAACGAGGAGCACUUCGGUAAACUUUACGAGGCUACAGUGGAGACUGCAAGAAGCUUAGCCGCUGCUUUAGACUUUGUUAGCAGCGCCGGCUCUGCAGACAGCAGCACAGAAUGUGUGAACAGAGGAGCUAGACUGAGCAACAAUGGAGACCUUAAGAAUGGACCGGAAGAUAAAAGACCGGCUGAUAGUUUGAAUAAAAGAGAGAUGCAGGAGCACAGUGUUUGUUCUAGCUGUUUGAAAGGAAAUGACGCACUGAAAGGAAGAGAUCCCAAGAUUUUAAACACAACAAAUGGACCGCUGUCAGGAGAAAUGGAGGCCUGUCCUAUCAAAGUGCAAGAUGAAAUGACUGCAGGGGUUUCUCAGGAGCCAGUCACCCCUCCGUUGGCAUCUCCAGUGCAUGUCAGUCAGGGUGUGGCGCAGAGAGCUGGUCAUGUGGUCCUGGAAGAUCGGGGGCUAGUUCUUUUAGAAAACCUCGACCACAAGAUCCACAACUACCAGUUUUUUCGAGGCCAGGGCCAAUGUUCAUUACCUAAUGGACGAAUAGGUUUCAUCCCAGGACGGCCACUGUAUCGAUUGCGCCCCAAAAUGGAGGACAAGGCAGUCGAUACCUCGGACCUGGAGCAGGAUGACGACCCCAUGGGUCUGGGAGAAAUCGAUCUGAUCACAGCAGCGCUGCUCUUCUGUUUAGAGGAGUCCAGAGAGUGUAGAAGAAUCUCCGACACAGUCUACGUGGACGGCUACCAUGUUGACUUUGGCACACAGACUUUCACGUUCCCUGCAGCGAUCUUGGUAACCAACACUAGAGUGGGCGACAUUGCCUCUGCGUCUGCCUGCGACCACGCUGCCCCCCAGCUCUCCUACCCCAGCCCCUUCCGCACCCUCCGCCUUGGUCUUGUCCUGGAAGCUCUGGAGGUUGAGGCAGUCCCACAUAACCGCUACCUUCCUCCUAACCCCCGCUAUCAGCACAUGUUCCCCUUUGUUUGUGGUCAGUCGCUGCGCAGGGACCAGUUCUCUUCUCACUUUACAAACGUCCAUGGCGACAUUCACGCAGGUCUCAACGGUUGGAUGGAGCACCGCUGCCCCCUGGCAUAUUACGGCUGCACAUUUUCUCAGCGGAGGUUUUACCCAUCCACCCAGGGGGCCAAAGUGGUUCAUGACAGGCACCUCAGGUCCUUCGGGGUGCAGCCCUGUCCAAGGGCAAAACUUGCGAGUGACUUACAGACUGACCAAUUUAGUGGGCUUCCUAUUGAGAUACUGUGGCACAUAGCUGGUUUCCUGGACAGUUUCAGCCUGUGCCAGCUGUCACUGGUGUCACGGACUAUGAGGGAACUGUGUGCCAGUCUGCUCCAGACCAGGGGCAUCGUGGAGCUGCAGUGGGAGCGAAGACAAUGUCCUGUUGCCCCUGGAACUGUGUCUUGGCAGAUCAAAAAUAAAGUGUGGAGAUUCAGCACCGCCUUCAGCCCCGUGUUAUCGUGGGGUUUCACUGAUCUCCCCAGCAUGUCGGACCAUCUUAAGAAGUGCCACUUCAACAUCGUGGAACACAAGACUGAGCCCGUACCUCUUCCUGCCAUGUGUACUGCACGAGACGGACAGUCACUGCGUCGCGUCCUGCGUCACAUUAACACCUGACCAAACAAGCCUGACUUCUCGUAGCUGGACAACUGUGGUGUCAUGUGGGUGUUGCAAUUACAGAUUUUGUGUCUUGAAAACAAAUAACUCUUCCUGCUUUACACUAGAUCAUAAAAAAAGCCUUAAUGAAAUAACACCUUAUCUGCCACAUUAAGGUCUGUUGUCGUGGGUGUCUCUAUGUGGAGAAACAUUUAGCUUUGCAUGGAUGUGUGCUGAAAGUGCGCCUUUAUUCUGGUGAGAUAAAAUAUAUUUUCUUGAAGACAAAUAUGCACUAUAUGUUUAUAUUAUUAUAUGUGAUAUACUGAUAAAUGUUUUCACUAGCUUGCCUUUCACUAGUAGCCAUGGGGAAAGCAGAUUGUUGGUUAUAUUGCAUUAUUUCUGUGUGACAGAAGUUUUGCCAGCACUUUACACAAGAUUUGCUAAUCCCUCCUCCAGUAUGUCGAUUUGUGACCCUAAAUGAUCAAGUCUUUCUGAACCUGAAGUGGGUGUCAACCCAUGCAAAUCUGGGUUUAUAUGAUGUCAAGACACGAGUCAAAACAGAUAGACGUUAAUAUAAGGACAGCCUGAUGAUGCAUGUAAUUUGCUACUGUUCAAAUAAAGUCUUUACAGCCUUUUAUGGA